UUUAUAACAUACACACAGGAGUAGGGUGUUACGCUCAGUGCGGCCCGAACCUGUCUAAAAAUCCCUCGAGCAUUUACUAUUUCCUGCAUCCGAUCAUUCCGCACCACCUCCAUCGCAUUUACGCCCGUUUAUUUCACCCGCAAAACAGAUUCAGAAUCAGCCCCCUGGCCGAAUCUCAAAGGGGGUCCCUCCGGAUCCCUGCUUGAGGAGUUCACCCUCCGACAGAUAGGAUGAUACUUUAGGGCCAAUCAGAAAACCUACCUAGAUGAAACACCUUCUCGGGGACUCGCUUGAGAACUUGGAGGCGUUUGAAAUCCAGAGUAGGUAAUCUGAGAACCUGGAAAACCCGAUUAGACGUUUCAUCCUAAUCGAAAAUCCGAGUCUUACUCGAUGACACGGUCAAACAAAAUUCUUAUCUUUACUGACUAUGUAUUUGAACUGUCGAAGCAUCAUUUCACGUACUGAUGGGGCCUUGACGAUGAAUAAUGGAUAGUUACCGUAUUCGGGUACCCCAGGGUUUCCCGUAAUUCUCAGGACAUAUCUUUAUCUCUUGGAAGAGGAUCCCUGGAAGAAACAAAACCACUCGUAGAUACCCAAGGCAUCCUAUAACUGGGCAUGCUUAUCUCCAAGAAUAAGAAUGAGAAGUCCGGAGGACGUACGACACCCCGAUAUAUAUACGGAGCCAAGAGGCCCUGCGGAGGACACGUGAUUUCAAGUCAACAGAAGCCAAGAAAGAAGUCACCGACUAGGUUUAAAUCCAUCUAGGCUAGCUACACGCCCGUAACAGACUCAGAUCAAUGCAAUACAAAUAUGACAUAGGGUUAUUAUCCUCAGGGAGGCCCGAACCUGUCUCAAAACCCAUGUGUGUUCCCCUUGUGAUUCAUCUACUCAAAGCAUCCACUAUUCUUCAACAAGUUUAUUAGAUCGACGGUUUACCAAUCGUCGACCUAAGUUGUACCUCUCAUAUGCAUUGUCCUCUGAUGCAAAACUCAAUCUAACUUGAGGAACAAGUAAAGUUUGGCCAUGUAUAUUUCUCACCUUUAGUAUAAUGGGACAAAAAUUAAAAUAAUCUAACUACAAUAAAAAAAAUUAUGUUAGACUCGACUUCAUUAGCUCUGGUUACCUGCUUAGCGAUUCCUUAGGUCCCAUAUCUUCGGGUAUUUCUAAAACUAACAUGGCUUGGCAAUUAUGGUAAAAUGAUGCAAAUUAGUGUAGGAAUAACUGUUGGCAACAACAGCUAGUUCACAGGGAAGCAGCUGACAUGAACAGAUAAGUUGCGUGCACACCUGAUGACAAUCCUACCAUGGAACAUUGACUCGUCAUCCUUGCUCGAGCUCAUGUACACAGUGCAGUAUCGGGAUGUUCACGACAUCACCAAUGUUGCCGUCACACGUAGCUUCGGCUGAUGGAAUCCCGGCAGGAACGGCCUGCUCAGCGAUCUCGAUAGCACCGGGCUGCUCGUCGGGGAUGGCCUGCUCAGCGAUAUCGAUCUCAGCGAUCUCAAUAGCACCGACACCUGUGAAGAACCCUUGAUCUACUCCAUCUUUUGAUGUGCAACAUGAUUCAACUGAAGUGAUGGGACUCCCUUUCCUUCCGUCAUCGUUGACGGCGAACCAGAGCUUCCGGCAAGGCGCGAACUUCACAGUCGACAGGCGGAGCGGCGAAGCCAUGACACUAAAUUGAACAUUCACUGUGCACGACAGUGACCUAGUUGUUUCUCUUGUUUCUCUGUAUAACGCUUCCCUCAGCCACCUGCUCGGGUGGUUCGACACCAUGAAACCCUCGCUUUGCAACUCACCCCAAAGUUCGUGACAACACGCAAGUAUUGCUUCCUUUAGUAACUAGUGUCUCUCACCCGACACAUAUUGUUGGUGAAAGAAAAUAUGUUUUCCAUGAACAAAGUGCGUCAAGAGCCAACUCAUAGGAGUGGCUCAAGCUUGGAGGAGAAGAAGAGAGGAAAGAAAUACCAAGAUGUGUUUCAAUAAACUGAACUCUCUCUGUCCUCCGUGUGCCCACGAUCUGUAUUUAUAGUGUCUUACAGAGGGUAAGUGUUCAUGCAUACCCCUACAGCGGGAUAGAGAUACAAGUUGUUACUAGACAACCAGGACCUAGGGCUAGCUAAGAGAAAGAGCAUGGGCGGCUAUACGCUAGCUAGGCGGACGCGCAAGGGGAUAGGGAGGCUUACCAAGCGCAAGGACGGCGACGGGCAGGGUGGCGACCGGUGAUCCGUCGAAGAGGCGGUAGCGGUGCUAUUCUGCUACUAGCGCGAGCGGGCUCUAGUCAGGCUUUUGACGAAUGGACGACUGCCCAGGGACGGCGGAAAGGUCCUGAAGCUCCUCGGCGGGGGAAUGGGGGGGAGGGGGAGAAGAGAGGCCAGGGCGGCGCUAUUUAUAGCGAGAGAGGGAGCACAGAGGGUCAGUGCGCACGUGACGUCGGGCGGAUGUCGACAGGCAGCGCUACGGUGAGAUGGCGGAGUGGCGCCCACCAUUUUCCCCCCGGUGUGGGUGCUGGGCCGCGCGAGGGAGAAAACGGAAGGCUGGGCUGGUUCGCCAGGCCGCGUGGGGGAAGAAGGGAGAGGAGAAUCCGGUCCAUGAAAGAAAAAUAAAAAUAAAAGGAAUUUUGUUUUGAGACUAAAUUCAAAUGAUGGAUAUGAAUUUGAAUUAAACUUUGUAUUAGGAUCAUUUCAAUUAAAUAUAUUUGAAUUAUUAUUUCGGCUUGGAUCUCAAGCUGUUUUUGAAGAUGAUUUGAAUCAAAGGAUUUGAAUUCGAAUUGGGUUGGAGUUGAAUAGAAUCUAAGAGUAGAUUUGAAAUUGAGAGACAUUCAAUUUCAAAUCUCCAUACAAGAACCAUAAAAUCUCAAACCAAAGCAUAAGAGCCAAUUUAAUGUGGGGACUAUUCUAAAAUUGAUUCUAGUGCACUUUGGAACCCUUUUUAAUUUAGUAUACUUAAUGUAUAUGAUUGUAUUCAUACUGGUAUAUAUACAUUCAUAUACUUAUUUCCUUAUCUUAGUUUGCCUAAUUAAUCACAAAAAGUUUUAAUUCGGAGUGAAUUUUACAAUUAAUUAACAUGUUUAAACUCAGGAUGUUACAGUCCCUGGUCGCGGCCAUAGGACGGGGUUGGUUCGGAGCCCCUCGCGUAUUGUCGAUGUUGUGGAUGUCACGCCGUUGUCAUCGCCAGGACUGGAGCGAUUUGGAGCCUUGGCAUCCUUAGAGCUCCUUUUUGUCGACAGAGGUGGCGGGGCAUGUGAGGACCUUGCUUGCGAGGUUGGCUUUUCGGACUCGAUGCCGGGGGUCAUGGUAACAUACAUGACCCCUCGACGAAGCCGCUCCUCCUCCAUGCGUGCGUACUCCUCGAACUUGCACAUGAAGACACUCAUCGAGCGUACCGAGCGUCGAUGCAGUCAAUCGAAGAGGGGCCCAGAGGCUAGACUCUAGGUAGCAGCGUCGAUGACUGAUGACUCUAAGAUGCCUUUUAUCUAGGUCUUUGUUUGGGCAAACCUCCGGAAGAUGCCUUUUAUCUAGGUCUUGGUUUUGGCAAACCUCCGGAAGUACUCCUGGAGGGUUUCACCCAGUUGUUGCCUAAUGGCGCACAUGCUCUCAAAGGUCAUCGCCUCGACAAAGGUACCCUAGAAGUUGUUGCAGUAGGAGUCUCAGCGCUAGGCCCAAGCGUAAAUGGUCCCAAGCUCCAGCACCUAGAACCACCGAAGGGCUACCCCCUCCAAAGCGAGAGGGAAGCAUUUGUCCAUGGUGGCAUAUCCGCCUCCACUGGCCUCGAUGGCGAGGGCAUAUGUGCGAAUGAACUCAGCUGGGUCCGAAUCACCUUUAGAUUUAGGCAGUUUUAGGGUCCUGAACCCUCUGGGAAGGACACGGCCUAUAGAUCCAUCUGAAGGGGAGAGUCAAGGUCUAUGAGCGGAGCCUCGCGCCGAUGGGCCUGAGGCUCAGUUGCCUAUAGAUUGACCAUUGGCGGUGCCUGGGGACAAUGAGCCACAACGCUGAAGCCCUCACCCGGAGCCUGUGCUAGCAUAGCGUUGGCUAUUACGGAAGCAUCAACGGUCAUAUCCGCUGGUUGAUGUGUGGGUCGCAGGGCCGCCUGCAGUUCCUCCAGCUGAACCCAAAGGGUCGUCACUUGUGCCUGCUGGUUGGCUGUGGCGGCAUAUACAGUUGUGACCUCAGCCGUGACCCCUUGGGGACAGUGAGGUCCUCGCUGUGCUGCUGCGGAAUAGCCCCUGAAACGACAGGCCCCUAGCGUCAGUCACUGCCAGGGUCGCAGCUGGAUCGGCGGCGGCCAUGGGGUCCUCAUUCUGCCCGAUUGGGGGGCUGGUGUCGGUGUAGCGUGUGCUUGAUCGUGGUUGCCAUGUAGACCUCCGCACAAGCAUGGCAGUGAUGCUAGCCUCUUGGACCGACGUCCUGGUGGUCUUCUUCUUUGGUGGCAUUCUUCCUCUCCUAAUAUUUCUACACGUAUUCUCUCCUCACGGACGGCGCCGGCUAUUGAUGAAAGAAAAUAUAUCUUCUACGAACAAAAUACAGUGAGAGCCAACUCACAUAAGUGACUUAUUUUGUUUCACCAACACAUACACAUUAUUGUUUAACCUGUUGGUCAUGUUACGUUCGCUGGUAACCCGGCUGCCUGUUUUUGACUUUCUUCCCCCAUGUUUUUUAUUAUCUCUUGAGUCGACAACUCUGCAUUUUCUUUUUCUCGUUACCAACUCUGCAUUUCGUUCUCAACGACGGAAGAAAGUUGACUUCCUGGUAAGGAAGAGCCCUUUCUUCGAUUCGCCUGUUGUCAACUUGACAUACAUUUUCUUAGUUAAACAAGGACAUACUCUUUUUUUUUUUAUGUUGCCGUGUUGCCUAUAACUGAUCUAAUGAUCUAUUUUGCAUCCUGUCCUGUCCAUCUCUGAUCUGACUACCUGGUAAGGAAGAGCCCUUUCUUCGAUUCACCUGUUGACAACUUGACAUACAUUUUCUUAGUUAAACAAGGACAUACAAUUUUUUUUUUUAUGUUGCCGUGUUGCCUACUACUGAUCUGAUGAUCUAUUUUGCAUCCUGUGCUGUCCAUCUCUGAUCUUCGCAAUCCUACCACGAUGAAGCUGCUCUGCGUCCUCUCGGCUCUCCUCUUCGCCUCCGUUGUGGCGGUGGAGCUCGUCUCCUCCCUCCCCGUCAGCCGGCGCUAUGACUCCAUCUUUAGCUUUGGCGACUCCUUCGCCGACACCGGCAACGGCAUCGUCGUCUUGGCAGCGCACUCACUCGCCAACCCGGCCGCAGCGCCUCCCUACGGCAUGACGUUCUUCGGCCACCCCACGGGCCGCUCCUCCAACGGACGCCUCAUCAUCGACUUCAUCGCGGAGGAACUGGGGCUCCCCCUCGUGCCGCCGUUCCUGGCGCACAACGGCAGCUUCCGCCAAGGCGCUAACUUCGCCGUCGCCGGCGCCUUCGCUCGCGACGCCAGUUUCUACAGGGAUAUCCCCUUUGUCGGUCCGUUUGCUCUCAACACCAGUUCGAGCGUGCAGCUGCAGUGGUUCAAAUCGCUCAAGCCGUCACUGUGCAACCCUGCCCAAGAGUGCAUGGGCUUCUUCCACAAGUCCCUCUUUUUCAUGGGAGAGUUCGGGGUCAACGAUUACAGCUUCUCUGUUUUCGGAAAGAACCUGUCGCAGAUUAGAUCCUUCGUCCCAGACGUGAUCAAAACUAUCUCGAUGGCAACUGAGAAAGUAAUCGAGCAGGGAGCAAAGACUGUGGUCGUGCCCGGGAUCCCGCCGCUGGGGUGCUCACCGGGUAACCUAGCGCUGUUUCCGAGCGCCGAUCCGGACGACUAUGAAUCUCGGACCGGCUGCCUGAAGCAGUUCAACGACCUGGCCAUGUACCACAACUCACUGCUGCAGGAGGCCGUCAACAAGGUUCAGACAAAGUACCCACGUGUCAGGGUCAUCUAUGCCGAUUUCUUCACCCCCAUCAUUGAUAUCGUUGAGUCCCCUGACAAGCUUGGGUUUACCAGAGAUAUUCUGAGGUGUUGCUGCGGUGGAGGUGGGAAGUACAACUUCAACAUCAGCGCAGGCUGUGGCCAGCCGGGGUCGACGGUGUGCGAGAAUCCGUCAGCAUAUUUGUAUUGGGAUGGCCACCUGACAGAGGCAGCCAACCACUACAUUGCCAAGGGCUGGCUAAACAGCAUAAACUGUUGCAUGGUCUAGUUAGCAGUUGGGAAAGGGGUUAUCAAAUUGGAUCCAUGGAACUGGCAACAUACAUCGAUAUAAAUUCUUGUAAUCUAAUUAAUCUUUUAUUUAGAUGUUUGUCUCAUGUAUGCUAGUUUUCGUUAUUUCUUUCUUCUUGUUGGCCGUGUGCAUUCGUACUACAUAGGGAUCAGAAGUGAACUCUUUUAUGGUUGUAUUUUUUUGAUGUCACAAUAAAAAUAUAUAAAG